AUGCUGAACACUCUUUUCCUCGGCAGCUUGCUUUUGCUGCCAACGCUGGGACAGGCGGCAAGCAUUGUCCCACGUCAACAAGCCGUGUGCGGCCCUCAGCCAAAUCUAUUAGUCAAUCCCUCCUGGGAGUUGGGGACUAUCGGCUGGACGUACAGCAACAAUGUCUCACCCCAGAUAGCGAGCGGUGUUAGCAGCGACGGUGCUCAGUCCCUCUCAAUUUCCCCCUCGGUGUAUUCAACAUGGUCUGUUCGCCAGUCCGCGGGUGGCGGAACGCUUGAUCGGAGCAAGUCCUACACAUUCUCCGUCGACAUCGCAGCCGCGGCAUAUCCUCCUUAUGCUGGCCCUCUUAUUUGCACCCUCCAAGCCUAUCACUGCCAAACCUACAACUAUAUUUUCGACAAGACUGUGGCCUUCGCUCCAAGCUCUACUCCAUCGGCCUUUGCAACCUACAGUGGCUCCUUUAUUCCGCCAAAUUUAGUGGAGGAUAUUGUGAUUACCGGGUACUGCAGAUACUCGACUCAGAGCUCGACGCCUAUACCAGGCCCAUUCACUCUAUACAUCGACAAUGCCAAGUUCAGCAUGGAUGCUCCCGCCUGCCCAUCAUCGACGCCAGUAUCUACAGUUUCCUCCACCACGUCGCCUGUGUCAACCCCAGAGCCUACCACCCCAUCCGCGACUUCAACUGUCCUUUCAGCGACAACAACUCCAGCUGACUCAACAACCAUCGCCUCCACGACCCCUUCGGAUUCCGCGACCCCCUCUGACUCCGCGACCCCUUCAGUUUCAACCACACCAUCAGCUACCGAUACCGUGUCUUCCACCCCGACCCCAUCUGACACGACUACCCCGACGCCCACGACGCUUGCCACAGUCACUACCCCAAGUUCCACAGUUCCCUCUGGAACCGUCACAUCCCAACCGGAAUCUCUGACACCAACAAGCACUUCGGCUACUCCUCUGCCAACAUCGAGCCGUCCAUGCAGGCGCCGCAAUAGACGGACUGCAACCGUUAUUUAG